AUGGCUGUGCUUGCAAACUGUUGGCUUAUAAUUGAAGUUUAUCUGAUUCCAUAUGGAUUUAAGAAGUGGUUUUAUCUAAGCUUCUAUAUCCAUCCUUUCUUUCUCUUCUUCUGUCAAAUCCUUUUAUGGAUCAAAACCCUAAAAAAAUGGAUCCUUUUCGUCGUCUUUUUCGUAAAUCGCUACACGUUUUCCCACGUUUUUGGAGUUUUAAGACGUUUCUUGAUCAUAACACGCUCGUUUUCUGGAUUUCGUGACGGGAACAACGAUGCUGAAGUAGAAGAUUCGGAUGAAGAUUUGUGGUAUGAAGUGGAAGAUUCGGAUACUGGUUCUGGGAUCUUGUUUUUACGCUACUACGAGGCUGGUGGUUCUUGUGAAAUUACUAAAAUAGCCUUUUGUGACGUUCGGGUUGAGUCGGUUGAUCAAGAAACUGUAUCCGCGUGCUCGAGUUCGGAUCUUGAUGAUGAAAGAUCAAGUUCUUGCUCUUCUUCUGGUGCAAGUUCUUUCUCACUGGGUGCCCAUAGGGACAUGGAGGUAAUUUCACACGCACCAUCAUUGUCAUCGUCGUCGUCGGCUUUGCCCAUAGAAGAUCAAGAGGCUGUUAAACCCAAAGAGGAGGAAGAAGAAGAAGAAGAAGACUCGUUCUACAAAUCAUACACCGAAAGAAUGAGCUGGUUUGAUCUUCUGAACCAAGAACGAACAUGCGGAUUGAACGCAUUUCUUACGAAGAAACGGUGUUCAAACGUCGAAAAAAGGCUAGUGAAAAGCUUAGAAAGUGAUAUGGAGAUGGUGUAUGUAGCUCAGUCAUGUUUAUCAUGGGAAGCACUCCAUGAUCAAUACAGAAAGCUUGAAUCCAUGGUUGCUGCUGAUAUCAGUUGUACAUCUGGAGAUGGUGCUUUGAUCACUUGUACCUUGGCAUCCAAAUUCCAAAGGUUCCAAAUUCUGCUUGAUAGGUUUAUGGAGGAUGAAAGAUCUGAAAAUGGGAAAAGAUUUUCGAAUUUUAUCCACAAAAGGUCUUCUCUUAAGACCUUCCUUCAAGUUCCUCACAUUUCAGAAAACGUGGACAACGAGAAAGAUGGAAGGAACGAAGGACUAAUGAUCCGGGCAACGGACGUGUUGAAGGCGAUAGAGAAAUGCAUGAAGACUUUCCAGUUGUUUAUCGAAGUAGACGAGAAGCAGCCGUGGUGGAGAGCAAGUGGUCGUCUUUCAUGGAGUCGUUCGCCGUUGGAAGAUCCAAGAGACUCCAACCUCUUGCACGAUCUUACACGUACACUCCGACAGAAAGAGUUAUGGAUGAAGGAUCUGAAGGGAAAGACGAGAUGCUGGUUGAGAAGAAGAGUCCAGCACUUGGGAGAUGUUCAGAAUAAAGAGAUGAUGUUCGCCAUGAUUGAAUUGAAGCUUGUGGCUCGAGUUCUGAUGAUGUCAGUAAUCUCCACUUCUCAACUCCAUUGGUGUCAACAGAAGCUCGAUAAUAUAGAGAUCAGCCAUGGCAGAAUCACAAGGUCAUACGCUCGUUCAUUGCUGUUUCCCCUUUCUUGAAUGCUGCUGAUUUAGCUUCAUUGUGUUCUUAUUUCUCACUAUGAAACUCUUUGACGCAUUUGAUCGAACACCUUGAUGGCAUUUAUUUGUUCUUUGCCGUUGAGUGCUGCUCUUUGUUACGUGUUUGGUUAGUUUUUCGUUAAAUUCCGCAUUGAUAAAGUUCUCUUGUAUGUAAUUUGUCUAUAUAGAAAGAGAAAGUUUUUGUUUAUGAA